AUGCCACAUAUUGCGGGCGUCAAGAAGCAAAAGAUCAACGCGUACAAUGUGUUGUUGCUGUGCUUCAUUGGCCUUGGGUCAUUGACCUAUGGUUACACAGCCUCGAUCAUUGGGACAACCCUGGGUCAGCCAUCUUUCAUCGCGUAUUUCGAUCUCGCCACCCGAAGCAAUGGAACAGACCUGAUCAGUACUAUGAACGGUCUGUUCCAGACCGGCGGUACUAUUGGGACGUGGUUGCUCCCCUACGUUGCUGAUCGAUGGGGCCGUAAAUGGGCUAUUGUCUUGCCAGCAGUUAUUGCACUCAUCUCGGGGGCCUUCUUAGCCGGCAGCACCAAUAUUGGCGAGUUCUUGCUCUUUCGAUUUUUUGCAGGCGCCGGGGCGUUUAUGAUCCUCGCCGCCGUACCGAUUUGGAUGUCGGAAGUCGUGCCAGUCGAUCUGAGAGGUGCUCUGGUUGACGUCCAUGCCGUCUUUCUCAUUCUCGGCUAUACCAUCCAGGGGUGGGUUGGCUUUGGCUUCUACUUCUGGGAUGGAGGCGAGGAUACGUGGAGACCUCCUCUGGCUCUUCAAUGUGCCUGGCCUCUGUUCCUACUUUGUGGCAUUUACUGGGUGCCCGAGUCGCCCCGGUGGCUGGUCAUGCAAGGCCGCAUCGAUGAAGCCAAGGAGAUCCUCUUCAAACUGCAUUCUGAUCCCAACGACCCGGACAACGAGUUCGCGAAUGCCGAGUAUUACCAGAUCCAGAAGCAGAUCGCCAUCGACAAGACCCUGGGCAACUCGUGGAUGCACAUGCUGAAAAAGCCAUCGUACCGAAAACGAUGCCUGCUCGCCAUCGGGACUACCAGCAUCAUUCAGUGCUCUGGCGUGCUGGUCAUCAACAACUACGGUCCGACAUUGUAUGCCAACCUCGGAUUCAGUCCUGUCAAACAAUUGCUCUAUCCUGCCGGAUGGCUCACCCUCACCCUCGGUAUCAACAUCAUGGCGAUGGCCCUGGUAGACCGGUUCCCUCGGAAUCUCUACAUGGGUUUCGGAGUGUUGGGAUGCAUGGUCACGCUUAUCAUCGAGGCCGCUCUGGUGGCAGAGUUCGUGCCAUCCGACAAUCAAUCAGCCCUUCUCGCGGCUGUGGCCAUGUUUUACAUCUUCCAGAUCUUUUACGGAUUCUGCCUCGAUGGCACUCAGUUCAGCUACCUCAAUGAGCUGUUCCCUAGCCACAUCCGAGCCAAGGGUGUCUGUUUGGGAGUCUCGAUGAUCUCGCUCAUGAACAUCAUCUGGCUCCAAGCUGCCCCAACUGCUUUCAAGACCGUUGGGUGGAAGUUCUACCUCGCAUUCAUCAUUCCCGGCACGAUUGGUGGAGUCAUCAUGCUCUUCUUCUUCCCGGAUACCAAGGGUAUGCCCCUGGAAGAAAUUGCCGCCAUUUUUGGAGACGCCGAUGAGGUGGCCAUCUAUCAACGCGAGAUUGAGAUCGACCACGUCACCCACACUGUCGUCACCCACGAACAUGGUGGCGAGAAGACCACGGCACCUGUUGUCACGGAGAAUCUCAAGACGGCCGACGACACUGUUUGA